GGUGCACGGCAUGUUUUUUUUCAGGAAGAUCUUCAUCUUGCAACUAGUAGGGCUGGUGCUAUCCUACAAUUUCACUGACUGUGACUUUGAAAAGAUUAGAAAGAAAUAUCAGGAAGUCAUUUAUCAAGCCCUGGAGAAAUAUAUGAAUGGGAUCAAAAGUACCGAAUUUAACAAUCCCAUCUACUGUGAAGACCCGCCGGAUUGCCUUACUAAAAUCGAGCGCAUUACCUUCUAUCCCACCCACGGCUGCACGUCUCUCGCCAAGGAAAUCUUUGCGAUAGGAACUAAUGCUACGCUCACUCUCCAGUGCCCAGGCUACUCCGGAAUGCAAACAUAUAAUACCCAGGCAAAGAAGAAAAGGAAGAAAAGAGAAGUCACAACGUAUAAAUGCCGGGAACAAGUUGCAUACUUAAUGGGACUGUGGCGUCGUUUCAGUCGCAUUUCUUAGAAACAAAAUACACCUUCCUUAAGGCUGUAUUUCAUAGCAACAAAAUAAAUCAUCUUUAUUAGGUAGAUGUAAUGUUAACUCUAACUGUGACAUUUAGAAGACCACUGAUAGUUAUUUUUUAAUUAUGGUAGGGUUCCUUAACUUAUUUUUGUAAGCUGUUGUUUGAUGUGGGCAGGGGAAAUACUAUCCCUCAAAUGGAGAGGGAUGUAGCAGAGAUGCCUGAGCCACUGGCUGUGUGAGGUGAUUUUUGGCUGCACCUACAUAAGCCUUACUUCCAGGGAAGUAUCUAAACACAACGUAGAAGGGGAAAGGAGAAAGUUAAGGCAAGAGAAGCUUGAACUCAACAGCAUGGAAAACAUCUGUUUAAAAGGCAAGAAUUUCUUCUACAUGUACUGAUAAUUCUUAUGUUCUCAUACCAAAAACAUACAAAAGAAGAAAAUAAAAGCAAAAAGAGGUGCACAAAAAGUUGUACAUCUAAUGAUGUACAAUGAAGCAAUUUGAAAGAAUUUCCAAGCAAAAUUUGUAGAAGUAUUGUAAAUCAAGUUUUAAAAAUUAUCUGACAAGUUUUAUAUAUAUACAUAUAUAUGCAAGUA